UGGAACUCGGCUCCUGCAUUCCAGCUGCUCCAUGGCCUCGUCUCCAAUCCUGGCCUGGCAGAAAUUCUGCGGACAUUCAGGGAUAGGCUUCACCACUGAGACCUUAGGCCUCUGCCAGCCACAAGCCCCAGAUCCCUAGCCAUCCUCGGCAGGUCCCAGUCCCGGGUUCUAUCGGUGCUUUCGCCCCAGCCGCAGCUAUGCUGCACACCGAAGGACACGCUCUUCUUCGGGCCGUGGGUCAGGGUAAGCUACGCUUGGCCCGUUUGCUUCUGGAGGGAGGAGCAUACGUGAAUGAGGGUGAUGCCCAGGGGGAGACUGCGCUAAUGGCGGCCUGUCGGGCCCGCUAUGACGACCCCCAGAAUAAGGCGCGCAUGGUACGCUACCUCCUGGAGCAAGGCGCAGACCCCAACAUCGCAGACCGCCUAGGGCGCACCGCGCUCAUGCACGCUUGCGCCGGGGGUGGGGGUGCCGCAGUGGCCUCGUUGCUCCUUGCCCACGGCGCAGAUCCCUCAGUCCGAGAUCACGCAGGCGCCUCGGCGCUUGUCCAUGCCCUGGACCGCGGAGACCGCGAGACCCUUGCCACACUCCUGGACGCCUGCAAGGCCAAGGGCACGGAGGUCAUCAUUAUAACCACGGAUACCUCGCCCUCGGGCACCAAGAAGACCCGGCAGUAUCUCAAUUCCCCACCGUCCCCCGGGGUGGAGGACCCUGCUCCCGCUCCUCCUAGCCCGGGGGUCUGCACGUCGCCUUCGGAAAUCCAAUUGCAAACUGCAGGAGGACGAGGGUUGUUAUCCCCUCGCGCCCAGGAAGAAGAGGAGAAGCGGGACGUAUUUGAAUUCCCUCUUCCUAAGCCCCCUGAUGACCCCUCCCCUUCUGAGCCGCUCCCCAAACCGCCUCGACACCCCCCGAAACCACUCAAAAGGCUUAACUCCGAGCCCUGGGGCCUAGUGGCUCCGCCUCAACCUGUCCCUCCCGCCGAAGGAAGACCCGGGAUCGAGCGCCUGACCGCGGAAUUCAAUGGUCUGACUCUGACGGGUCGACCCCGUCUUUCCCGACGUCACAGCACGGAAGGCCCAGAGGAUCCUCCCCCUUGGGCGGAAAAAGUGACUGGCGGAGGUCCUCUCUCUCGCCGAAACACGGCGCCCGAGGCUCAAGAGUCUGGUCCCCCUUCAGGGCUACGCCAAAAACUGAGCCGCAUGGAGCCGGUGGAGCUCGACACCCCCGGACAUCUUUGCCCUGAUUCGCCUGAGUCCAGUCGACUGUCCCUCGAACGUCGCCGAUACAGCGCCUCCCCGCUGACCCUCCCUCCAGCCGGCUCGGUUCCCUCCCCGCGUCAGUCCCAGGAAAGUCUGCCCGGGGCUGUAUCUCCGUUGAGCGGGCGGAGGCGGAGUCCCGGGCUGCUGGAACGGAGGGGCUCAGGGACGCUGCUCCUGGACCACAUCUCCCAAACGCGGCCGGGUUUCCUGCCCCCACUCAACGUCAGUCCCCACCCCCCCAUCCCCGACAUUCGCCCCCAACCCGGAGGUCGGGCGCCUUCACUGCCUGCCCCUCCCCACCCCGGGGUGCCCGGCUCUCCCAGGACCAAGCGCAAGUUGGUGAGACGCCACUCCAUGCAGACUGAGCAGAUCCGCCUGCUAGGGGGCUUCCAAAGCCUAGGCGGGCCAGGGGAAUCAGGGCGCUGAGAUAAGUGGGAGGAGCCAAGGAGGGCGGGGAUCAGACAUUGAUGGGACAGAUUGGAGAACCAGCUCUUACGCAUACCUUGGACACAGGGAUCUCUUGCAUGUGCUUAUGGCACGAUGCACGUACACAUGGGUAAACGUGUCCACAAGCACAGCAAACUUAUUAGCAAAGAAGGAUAAGUACUCCAUUAACUGGGUUACAGACAUAAGAAUUCAUGCCGUGGUCAUUUCACAAGCAUGUGGGAUUACUUGAAUACCCACAGGCACAGCACACCAAUAAACACAGAGGACCACUUGUGCUAGGGUCCAAACUCGCUUGCAUUUGUUCAGAAGCAGUAAGGACCCCUACUUAUGGGUAUUCUCCUAUAUCUUUGCCCUCCUGCAGAAGCAAUCCCUUGCUUUCCAUGUAUGCCCUGCAACACAGCCUAUCAUGAUUUUGCACACUCUACUUUCUCAUGAAUUUUCCACUCCAUUUUGCAGGUCUUGCUUCUCUCUCCAGGCCUGGCUCCUUGUUCACACCCUGCUUCCAACCCCAAACACUUUUCAGGAUAUCUCUUCACUUCUUGGGGUUCCUGCAGCAACUCCCAGUCUCAGUGCUGCUCUUUUCCUGCUUUCAACUUCCUACUUUUUAUUCCCACCCUGUUCUCUCAAACACUACAACAGGUUGUCUCAUUUUCCCAAGGGGUGGGUCAUGGGCUCUAAGCURCUCUACUGUCGGUCUGAGCUUAUGAACACUCCCACAAGUAGAAGUGGGGAGUAGUUCUAAAUCACUCCCCACUCCACUUGACAUAUCAAAUAAAUGUGUUCAGAA